AUGCCUCGCCACGAUAUCAUAGCAGUACUGGCAGAAUUUCAAAUCGCCAACAUCUCUGAGUCAGAUCUUCUCCAUCCCGACCCCGAUUUCAUCUGCAACCUCUACACUCACAUCCUCCUGCACGUUGACUCUCUCCAGGAAGACAAUGGGCAAAUGGAUUUUGGAGCGCUGGAGCAUCUGGAGAACCCGGACCACCACGUGCACUCGGUUCAAGUUAUGAAUUUGUACAAUAAGGUCCGAGAGUUGUUGGCUGCUGUGGACUGCCCCAAGACCUUCACGCCCAAGGACCUGAUAAAGCCUGAGACAGAUCGCACAGAGCUCUUCCUCGGUGCGCUACUCAAUUUCUGCAUACACAGAGAGACAAAAUUGGAGCUUCUGAGACCGGUUGUGGAAGAACUUACCAAUUUUGAGGAGAGAAGACUUGCUGCAGAAGCUAGAACCAAUCAGUUGAAUGCGGAGAUUUCGGAGUGUGAGGAAUCAAGAGAAAGGGAGUUGCCACUUGUUCAAGAAGUCAAUUCUAAAGUCACUGAACUCCGCCAGACUAUUUCAGGUCUUAAUAAUCACCAAAUGUCUUUGAAGACUUCCAUAAAACAAUUGAAGGAGAAGACCAAAGAAAUGGAUGAGAAGGUCUCCAAUGCUGAAUUUGCUUUAGUGCAAAGCGUCCAAGAAAAUGCAAAUUUACGUUCAAAAAUUGUUCAAUCACCAGACAAACUUCAGAGGGCUUUGGAGGAGAAAAAAUUGGCUCAAGUUGAGGCAAAAAAUGCUGAAAGAGCAGCAGUUCAAUCUUUCCAGGAUAAGACUGCCACACUUGAGGCUUACGCUAAGGCAAGCAAGAAAAUCUCCAAGCACUUUGCCUUGAUGCAGGCUUUACAAGAGCAGGUAAAUUCUGCUAAAUCUGUUGAGAAAGAUGUUAAGGUACUUAAAAGUAAGCUAAGUGAUGAAGGAGUGUUAGAUAAGUCACUUGAGGCCAGAAUAAUUGAACUGCAAGCAAAAGCGGACCAGUUAAAAGAAUAUAAAAGGCAGCUUGAAAAAGAAAGUUCUCUCAGAAUGGAGGACGCAACCAAGGAAUUAAAUAAUGUGAAAUUAGAAGUGGAAUCAAAGAAGCAUACUCUCGAUCAAAGGCAAAGACAGGUCGAAUCAGUGGUUGCAGAGGGUGAUGCUAUCACUUCAAAGAUCAAUUCGGUGAAGCAGUCAGGAGAAGCUAAAAUGCAAGAAUUAGGCCAGAAAGGUGAAGAAAUAAUGACAGAGUUCUAUCGUUACUCAAAUUCAAUACGCGACUUGUUUCCAGCAACUGAGGUGAACCCAGCAGGCGUUCAAAAAAGGAGCUGA